AUGCAGCGCCCAGACGACACACCAGCCAAAGAAACGGAUCUGGAAAAGGCAGUAGCUGACCUGCAACAUCAGCUGCAGGAUAUACGAAUGCUCCUUUCCGCAAAUCGAGAGGCCCGAUGCCGGCGACCGGCGGUUGGCGACGGAGAGCACGGAGUACCAGCAGGGAUCGACGAGUCGACCCGGAAUUAUGCUGGUACCAUCACAGAUUCGGCACCAGGGCAAGGAAUUGCUCGGCACCCUGCAAAUACAGCUCCAAAACCAAGUCGGAAAAAACUAAACAGCCGGCGGGUAGGAGCGGCAGAACCCCGGCAAAAACAUACGAAGCCGCCUUUUCUGCGUAUGGGACCGACGGAACCACAUAAAGUUUUUAGUGGACACAGGAGCAGCAAUCAGUGUGAUACCCCCCCAAAGAACAGCAAGACCGAAAGGCGACCCCGUAUAAGCUCCAGGCAGCAAACGGCUCGACGAUCGAGACAUAUGGAACCAAGACACUGA